UUUUAUUCUGACAUGCAUCCACCAGAAGUGCUGUGUGUUUGUGUUACCUUGACUCGCCUGCUUCGUUUUAUUGAUGCCUUCGGAUACCAUUAGAUAAUUUAAAGUCAAGCAGCUGUUUGGGAGCUGAGGAUGUUUGCCACACUUCUGGAAGCGAUGGAUUUUCACCAAUAACUUUUCAUAUUAAACAGUGAUUCAUUCACUGUGUCUUCACCACCAUGUUUCCUGGCGAUGGGAUGAGUGAUCAGUGAAACUAUGGCUGUCCGUAUUUUGUCUGAAAUGUCCUGCAAGGAAGAAACGUUGUGAACUUUCAACCAACAGCAUCUUCAGUUACCACUUUCCUUGUUCCAAACCAGCGCCACCACACAGUCAUGGGCUUCUGCUCUCCUGUGUGCAAGAUCUUUCGGAGGGGAAAGUAUUUUGUACUGAUCUUUGUCUCACUCUCAGUGCUGGCAUGGAUUGCAACGUUUUCUGGGGACACGUUAAAAUUUGGUCAGUACACCUCGGCCACUAAACAAACUUCUAUCCAAGGAAACAGCCUGAGGGAUAAACUUCAGUCUUUAACAGCAGCACCUCAGAACUUAAACACUCCAACACCCAAAGUGAAAUGCCCUGAGGAGUCGCCAUUGCUACAGGGAGCGGUGAAGCUGUCCUUUGAGUCCUCCCUGAAACUGGAAGAUGUGCAGAGUGACAACAAAAGAGUGACAGAGGGCGAAUACGAGCCUGCAGACUGCACAGCCAGGCAGAGUGUAGCGAUCCUUAUCCCUCACCGCAGCAGAGAGAAACACCUCCUCUACCUCCUGCACCACCUGCACCCAUUCCUGCAGAGGCAGCAGCUACAUUACGCCAUUUAUGUCAUCCAGCAAGCUGGUGAUGCAACUUUUAACCGUGCCAAGUUACUAAAUGUUGGGUAUUUGGAGGCACUGAAGGAUUACAGUUGGGACUGCUUCGUCUUUCACGAUGUGGACCUCGUUCCUGAAAAUGAUCACAAUCUCUACGUCUGUGACAACCAACCCAAACACCUGGUGGUUGGUCGAAACGCAACAGGAUACAAGCUGCGAUACAAAGGCUACUUCGGAGGAGUCACAGCCAUGACCAAAGAGCAGUUUCUUCAAGUGAAUGGAUUCUCUAACAUUUACUGGGGUUGGGGUGGAGAGGAUGACGACCUUCGCAUUAGGGUGGAGCUGCAGAAGAUGAAGAUUGUACGGCCGCCUGCUGAUGUAGCGCGCUACACCAUGGUGUUUCACAAAAGGGACAGUGGCAAUCAAAUAAACAAAGACAGGAUGAGGUUGUUGGGACGAACAUCGCAGGUCUGGAGAAAGGAUGGACUCAACAGCUGCUCCUAUAAGACUCUAUCAGUAGAGAGGCCGCCUCUUUAUGUGAAUGUAACUGUGGACAUCGGCAAACCAUAGAGUUGAGAUUUUAAAAAGUAAGCCAAGCUGUGACCAAAAAAUAUUUUGAUAUAUUUUCUAUAGUAUGUUUGGGAAACCGAGUGAAGAAAAGCUACUACAUGUGUACAAGACACCAUGCUAAGCACACAAAAUGCACAUUGGCUCUGUUACUUUAUUCAAAUUCAGCUCAGCUGGCACGACAGUUUUGCACAUUUUGUCUGCAUAUCAUGUUGCCUUCGUUUCUUUAUAUUGUUGCCAGGCUGCUAAAAACACAUCAUUUUGAAAGCAAUGCAUGGUGAGUCAAUGAAGCAGCUGACUUACAAAUAUUCCUUAUACUUAAAAGUGUGUUGGUUUAACAUCCAGCUGUUACAUUUCAUGUUAUUUUAACAUAUGCCUUAUUAUUUGCCAGAAUUACACAAGACAGCUUCAAAAAAGCAGAUUCUUGUGGAAAUGUGUAUUUUGUGUGCUUCAUGCUGUGGGUGCAAUGACCACAGACACAGGUGUUGCCACUUAUUUAGCCUGAAUAGACCUCAGGUCUGCAGGAGCUAGAGGCUGAGAUCAGUUGAUUGAUAACUACUCACACUCCUAUUACAUUAGUUGUUCCUGUCAGGGCAGGACCUUUAGUAAAUAGUAUUAAGUUUGAUCUUAGAAGCCUGAUAAGCUGGAUAACGGAGACCAAUUGUGUGUGUGUGAGGCCUUUACAUUUAAAUAACUGAUGCCUGGACUCUCGCAACAUGAUGACUGACUGAUAUCUUAAUAGAGUUGUUUUAUUGACUGUAAUAAAGAUGAUGAUAAUCUGUAGACAAUGCACAUUCAGAUUUAGCACGGAUUGAAUCAAUCAAUAACAAUAAUGUGCUUUUAAACUGCAUUUAUUGACAGAGUGUGGAUUAGCCAUUUGCUUUUAUAUUCCUUUUUUAAAUAAUGUAAUACCUCCAAUAGCCAACUAUCAAAACCUUUAAAAAACAAUUGUUUACUUUUUUACACAGCUGAUUUAACUGGGUCUCAGAAACUGGGUGUUUCUGAGACUUGGAUCAAAAACCAUCUCUGUCAACAUGAAAAUGAAUUAGUAAUUGAUCUGAAUUAAUUUACAAAUGUGAAACAAUAAUUUUUUUCUAAUUGAGCACACUUAAGUUGUUUGUUUUUUCAGGUUAUCUGCAUCUCCUCUUCCGAUGUUUUAUCGUUCAUUUGGCAUAAACGUGAACAAAACAACUACAGACUUUUAGCUGAUGGUACAAAUGAUCGGCUGGUUUGUUUACUGAGGACAACACAAACAUAUUAAGGAAAUCAUAGUAUUCUUAUCAAUGCUAGAUAAAUGAUGGCUUCCCUGUAAUAUUUCUGCUCUGUAUCAUACAGGGAGUGAAUGGAACGAAUGAGCAUUGUAGCUAGCUGAAUAAUACAGAUAAAGUGUCUUGUGAUUUUUGCUUGACUGAUGUUCCUUUUCACAGCAGACAGUGGUCCAAACCCUGUUUACACUUCUAAACAAGUGUAAACAGGGUCAGGCUUUCAUAUGCACCUUAAAUUGUCUCACUUAAAUGCAAUAUGACCUUGUUGAUCUUACACAAUCUCCAUCUUAAAGUUAGACCUGUAGAUUUCCUGUUAUACAUCAAAAUGUCUGCUGUGAGAAAAGCUUACAAGAAGGUUAAGAUUUGAUCCUUUUACUGCUUUCGGCACUUUAAACCACCGGCUUCUCUUAAAAGAAAUGCUUGUGAUUCCUUGGGCCAAUUUUAUUUUACUUUUAAUAAGAACUUUAAAAGAACUCCAGUUUAACAAUGUUAUUAGUUUUGUGAGCCAUUAUAAUAAUAAUAAUAAGUGAUCUCUUAAGCUGCAUGUUUUUAAGCCUUACAUUGUUGACAUUAAAGAAGGGAUUUUUAUUUAUUACUUUUAUACCUUUAAAAUGUUAAUUUCAGUCUUUAAGACCAAACGGUACGGUAUUUCUGUACUAUUAUCAAAUAAGGACUCGGAGCAGAGAUCUCUGCAUACUCAUGCUUUAAUCAUUGCAUGCUUCUUAGAAAUUUUUUUAUGCUACGUUCAUAUCGACUUUUUUUAAUACUAUUUAUAGUGUGAAGGUAGAAUAGCUGCUGGUAUGUGACAAAUACAACAUAUAUGUUACCUUUAUUUAUUUGACAGGCCAAUCCUGCAACUUUCAAGGCAAUAUUUCUAACUACAAGAAACAACAUUGAUUACUUCUCUUUAGCUGCAUCUCAUUUAACUGACCUAACUGUUUGAGCUUCAUGACAGAUUGCAGAUUUCUGAAGAUGUUCAGUUCGAUUGCCAAAAUUAGAGCAAUCAGCUGUUGCUGUUAAAAACUCUGGAAUUAGAGUUUGUGCUAAAAUACAUUAAAAAGAGUUUUUUUGAUUGUUACUGGCCUGAAGUUCCUUCCAUGUCAUGGCCCGGUCUCCACUCCUGAAUAAAUGUUCCAUUUUUUUUUGUACA